AUGGGGAAUUCACAAAGCAUCGCAGGCCGCUCCUGCUUCCUGUCCGCUCUCGGGAACAACACGGAUCUCGUUACUUUCCGUGGUGACAUCCUGUAUGAAAUGCGCGGUUUGCCAUCAUACAACCUAGCCAUACCAGUCCGACCAGCGGUGAUCACCUAUCCGAAAACCACAUCCCAGGUCGCUGAGAUCGUACGUUGUGCAGCCGAAUCAGACUAUAAGGUGCAGGCUUAUAGUGGAGGGCACAGCUAUGGAAAUUAUGGCCUUGGGGGAGCCGAUGGCCAUGUCGUUGUUGACCUCAAGAACUUCCAGCACUUCGCCAUGGACCCAGAUACUCACGUGGCGACUAUUGGUGCCGGUACAGACUUGGGAACCGUUCAGGAUCGUCUCCUGCAUGCAGGUGCGAGAGCAAUGACCCAUGGCGACUGUCCCCAAGUGGGCGCGGGUGGACACUUCACGAUCGGCGGUCUUGGGAUGAUGGCUCGACAGUGGGGAACUUCUCUGGAUCACGUUGUUGAGGCCGAGGUGGUCCUGGCCAACUCCAGCGUGGUGACUGCAUCAGAUACACAGAACCAGGAUGUUUUCUUUGCUGUCAAGGGUGCCGCUGCAAGCUUUGGAAUCGUGACUCAAUUCAAAGUCCGCACUCACGCUAUCCCCAAGGCUGCAUUGCAGUACACGUACCUCUUCAGUCAGGGUGGCGUGAUGGAUAGGGUCCAACUUUUCCUCGACUGGCAGACCUUGAUCUCCAAGCCGAAUCUAACUCGGGAUUUCUCCUCUCAGCUGACGAUCUUUCAGGAUGGGAUUUUGAUCAUGAGCAGCUACUUCGGAACCGAGCAAGCAUUCCAGCAAUUUCAACGGGAGAACGAUCUGCCCUUCCAGAGCAUGGGCAAUGUGGCCUACAUCACCAACUGGCUGUCCCUAGUCGCCCACACCGCCGAGGACUAUCUGCUUCAGAUCUUCGGUGGCUUGUUCACAUCCUUCUACGCGAAGUCAGUCUCCUUUCCCGCCGACCAGCUCUUCGACGUACACGGCCUGGUCGCUUUCUUCACGUACCUUGACUCUGCGCCCAAGGGUACACAGACAUGGUUCAUCAUCUUUGAUCUGGAAGGCGGCGCGGUCAACGAUAUUCCCAUGAAUGCCACGGCCUACGCACACCGCGAUGCUCUCAUGUGGAUGCAAUCCUAUGUUGUCGUCGGGUACGAUGACCCUCCCGGCUUCAUUGCCAAGAGAUUCCUCAAUCGCUUGCAUGACCUGGUCCUCGCCAAUCGUCCGCCUGGUCCUGUUCGCUCUUAUCCUGGAUAUGUUGAUCCAUUUAUGAAAGAUGGCCAGACGGCGUAUUGGGGAACAAACCUGCCACGCCUUCAAGACAUCAAGACGCGCGUUGAUCCUAAGGAUAUGUUCCACAACCCGCAGAGUGUUCGGGUGAAUCCUCCUAAUUCCUCGGCUGUUCGGCGAGACCGGUGGUCGCUGUGA